ACAAAUAAACAUUUCGUCUGCCAUAUUCAUUUCGGGCGUAGCCUGGCUGGGGCAGUGAAGAGCAAGUAUUUGGUGUUUGUUUGUUGAAAAAAUGUUAUAAUUUCGAAUAAUUUCUUAACAAAAUAUCAACCAUUGAGUAGUUUUUAGUGAAUAGAUACUGUUUGGUUAGAGAAUAUGUCGAUUUUGUGGCGCUGCGGUGCGCUGCUGGCGAUUUUAAUUCUAGUGGGUGUGUUAGCGCAGUACGAAUGGCAACCACGGGAUGCUUUUGAUGAAAUUAAGGUGAAGUUCGAGCGUGCCACGGCCGACAACUGUCCCAUUCUGCAUGUGGGGGAUCUAUUCCUGCCGGACGAUACGGUGUCCCAUCUGCCGGACAUAAAAGAAUUCGAUCAGAAUCCAAUCUUUCCGAAUCGAACGGCACUCCUGCUGCUGCACAACAUGGCGCUGACCCGUGGCUUCUUUUGGAGCUACAUUCUACAAAGCAGAUUCAUUCGACCAGCCAUCAACGAUACCUACGAUCCCGGAAUGAUGUACUACUUUUUGUCGAACGUUGCUAACGUGGCCGCCAACCCGUCCAUCAACGCAUCGGCUGUUUACUUCUCACCGAACACGUCAUUCUCCUCGUCCUAUCGAGGUUUUUUCAACAAAACAUUCCCACGGUUCGCCCCGCGAGCCUACCGGCUGGACGAUUUCAAUGAUCCGAUUCAUCUGCACAAGAUUUCCACCAUGAACACGUUUGACGUACGAGAUCUUGGCGCAUUCUCACCGGACUCGAUAUCGCACGAUUACACCACGGAUUACUACAAGGUUAACGAGUGGUACAAAGCCUGGCUACCGGACAUCGUCGAGAAGCGUCACGACACGAAAACAACCUACCAGGUGGAGAUUCGUUACGCCAACAACACCAACGAAACGUUUACCUUCCACGGGCCACCCGGAGCCGAUGAAGAUCCGGGCCCGGUGCGGUUCACCCGGCCCUACUUCGAUUGUGGCAGGUCGAACAAGUGGCUGGUGUCCGCCGUGGUACCGAUCGCUGACAUCUACCCCCGGCAUACCCAGUUCCGGCACAUUGAGUAUCCCAAGUACACCGCCGUAUCGGUUAUCGAGAUGGACUUCGAGCGUAUCGACAUCAACCAGUGCCCGAAGGGCGAGGGUAACAAGGGCAGGAACAAGUUCGCGGAUACGGCCCGAUGCAAGAAGGAAACGACCGAAUGCGAACCGCUAGACGGUUGGGGAUUCCGCCGAGGAGGCUACCAGUGUCGCUGUCGGCCCGGUUUCCGGCUGCCGUCGGUCGUCCGGAGACCCUACCUGGGGGAGAUACUGGAGCGAGCUUCUGAUGAGCAAUAUUACAACGGGUUCGAUUGCAAGCGAAUCGGUUGGUUGCAGAAAAUUCCCAUCGAAUGGUACCACCUGCCGGAAUAUACCCGCGAGAAAUUCCUGAGCCACUAUUACGAGUACAAAAAUUUCACCAAAGGACCCGUUUCGGUGCACGCGGAGAAAAUGAACGCCAACGAAGUGUUGAGCUUUAUUCUCGGCGUUAACGAGAACACAUGCAAGAACUUCCACCCGCAGGAUCUGAUUUUGAACGGAGAUCUCAGUUUUGGGGCGGAGAAGCACUUUGCCAAUGAAGCGAAGAUGGCACUGCGUUUGGCGAAUUUCAUCAGUGCCUUCCUGCAGGUAUCCGACCCGCUGGAAGUGUACUCCGGAAAGCGCGUGGCAGACAAGCCACUAACCGAGGAUCAAAUGAUGGGAGAAACUUUAGCUCUUGUGAUGGGAAAUUCUAAAAUCUGGUCAGCCGCUACCUACUGGGAACGCAGUAAAUUCCCGAAUCGUACCCUGUUCGCUCCGUACGCUUACAAAACGCAGAAAAAUACGCGAAAGUUCAAGCUGGAGGACGUAGCCCGAUUAAACAAGACUGGCGAGGACUACACGGAGCUGCCAUACUUCAAGCUUAUGCGGCAACGCUGGGCUGCCAAUUUCGACUCACUGGAGAAAAAUUGGAUGAAAAUGCGGAUCCGGCGUAACGAAUCCGGCGAAUACGCCCAGAAGCACGAACGUUAUCCAAACUUCUACCACGCUGCCACCUUUGAUCACGGCUUCUGGACAGGACCGCAAUUCGACUGCAAAGGCUACGUGAAGAAAUGGCUCAUCACGUACGCGGCACCCUUCUUCGGCUGGGACAGUCUAAAGGUGAAACUGGAGUUCAAGGGAAUCGUUGCAGUUUCGAUGAAUAUGCUACAGCUGGAUAUCAACCAGUGUCCGGAUGACUAUUACGUACCGAAUGCAUUCAAGAAUACCCACAAAUGCGACGAGAAGACUUCAUACUGCGUACCCAUUCAGGGCCGCGAGUACGAUCUCGGUGGCUACAAGUGCGAGUGUCUGCAAGGCUACGAGUAUCCGUACGAGGAUCCGAGCACCUAUUUCGACGGCCAACUGGUGGAGGCCGAGUUCAUUAACAUUGUCAACGAUAAACGCAGUCGCUAUGACACCUUCAAAUGCCGACUAGCUGGGGCCGCUGCCCUGCGAAUGGAUAUCACCAUCCUCGGGGCCGUUCUGAUGCUUAACUGGAUGUUCCUGCGGAGGUGGAACCGGUAAAAGUGCUCUCACUUUCAGAGGGGAGCAACACACGAGAGUAGUCGUACUGUUCGGUGGCAACACUGAGGCAAUCAUGUGCAUUCCGUCAGUCCCAUCCAUUUCGGUUAUUUUUUUACAACCAAAUAGAGUAAGAUUUUUUUAAACCAAGAAUCAGUGCCUUGAUCUGAAACAUAACAAAAUAAAACAAGAGAGAGAGAGAGUAUUAUCAAAAGUAAAACAUUCCGUCCUCGAAUAGAAGUGUAUCGUAUAUUUGAAUAGUUUAGGACGAUUUAGGUAAGCUAAAGCAGAAUCUCCACGCCAUUAGGUUAGCGAAAGAAAGUUUUACACGAGAUCUUCAACCGUCCAUUUUGUGCAGUACUAAUAGAAAGAUUUGUUUUUUAAUUGAAGUAAGCUUAAGUGUUCAAAUCAACUUUCAGAUUCUAUAACUUAGUGUUGUUUCAAAAACGCAAGUUCUACUAGGACAGUUUUUGUUGUACAAUUGUAAGGGGAAAUACUCUCAAACAAUCAACCGUAGUAAUAAAAUUUAGAGAAAAAAUCGUUUUAUGUU